AUGUUCGCCCUCCGCAAAACCCUGCUCCACGGCCGCCUCCCCGCGCCGCCGGCCACCGCCGCCUCCAGGAUCUCCUCCUUCCUCCGCUCCCUCUCCACAUCUCCGGGGGGCGAGGGGGUCGGGGACGAAUGGGGCUCCUCCUGGUCCACCGGCAUCACCAAGGACCACUUCGACGGGUCCGCCUCCGCCGUCGGGCGCCCCUCCCCGUCCGCCCCCGUCUCCAAGGAGCUGGCGGCCGUCCGCACCAUGGACGAGGAGGAUGAGAUCCUGCGCUCCGUGGAUCGCGACAACAAGGAAGGGAGGGCGUACGUCGACUCGUGGGACAAGCGUUUUCACGAGACGUGCGAGCUGCUGAAGCAGGUGCGGGAGCCGGGAUCCCGGGGCGCCUACCUCAAGGACUCGGAGAAGCAGGAGAUGUACCGGCUGCACAAGGAGGACCCCGCGACCUACACCGUGGAGCGGCUCGCCAAGGACUUCCGCGUGAUGCGGCAGCGCGUGCACGCCAUCCUCUGGCUCAAGGAGAUGGAGGAGGAGGAGGAGAGGAAGCAGGGCAAGCCGCUCGACGACUCCGUCGAGAUCCUGCUAGACAGCUGCCCAGAGUUUUUCAAUUCCCAUGACAGGGAAUUUCAUGUGGCAUCUCUUCCAUAUAAACCUGACUUCAAAGUUAUGCCUGAGGGCUGGGAUGGCACGACAAAAGAUCCUGAUGAGGUCCUGUAUGAGAUUUCAAUGAAGGAAGAUCAGAUGUUAUAUGAGGAAUUUGUUCAACGCUUGGAGUUCAACAAGAAAAAGGUGGCAGGAGAGGUGAAGUGCCACAAGUACAGCAGGCGACGACCAGACGAUGGAUGGGCCUACAUGGUCGAGAAGCUUGGGCCACAGGGAAGGCGUGGUUCAGGAGGGGGCUGGAAGUUCAUCAGUUUGCCUGAUGGGUCGAGCCGUCCUCUGAAUGACACGGAGAAGAUGUAUGUGAAGAGGGAGACUCCGAAACGGCGGAGGAGGAUCAUUGCUCCAUACAAGGAAGCAGAAGCGUGA